AUGACGAACAUCCGCGAAAUAUGGUCGUGGAACAAGACAGAAGAGAUGAGUUUGGUGCGGGAGGCUCUUAGAAGGUGUAAUUACAUCUCUGUAGACACCGAAUUUCCGGGCUGUCUGAAAGAGACCACCAUGGAAGCAAGCGACGAUACUCGUUACCAGAACUUGAGGUUCAAUGUGGACGAAACCAAACCAAUUCAACUGGGUUUCUCUUUAUUCAACAGUGAAGGAAGAAUCAGCGGAACCUGGGAGGUCAAUUUCUCCGACUUCGACGAGACUGAGGAUCCUUGCAACGAGAAAUCCAUCGCCUUUCUCAAGCGUAACGGGCUCGAUUUCCAGAGAAUCAGAGAGGAAGGGGUUGGUAUCAAAGAAUUCUUCACAGAGUUUACUCAGAUGAUUAAAGAUGAAGAUAAGAAGAUGAAUUGGGUUACUUUCGAUGGAUCGUAUGACUUAG